UUACGCGCAGCACCCCACCAGACUCUCACGUCCAAUGACGGCUGAGACUGGAUUUGCAAAGGGUACGAUGACUCCCACUUUCUCGCCGUGGCUGGUCGCACAGUGCGGGGCUCCUCGCCUGCGUUUGACAGCUGCGAAAUAGAAAAUGUAUAGCGCAUAGAUGGUCUGGGAAACCAUGCUGCUCCAAAGCAACCACGCUAUCACAAGGAAUGGGAUGCAGCAUGGCUCUUUAUAGCCUUCGAAUGCCCUCGUAAAUCUGGACCACUUGGAGAACACGAUAUACAAAAUAAGGGAAAGAAUUAGUUUUUAUCGUGCAUAACAGAAGCCUGGGAUUUGGGGGGAAUGCACCGUGCGUUCUCGUUCCCCGUGACUGUGGAGCGCAGUCGGACCAAGGAGCGCCUGGAGGCGAGUCUGGCCGGGCUGUGUGAGCUGGAUCUCCGCAAGCAGAGGCAGGAGUGCCUGGUGCUGGGAGCGCUGGCUCUGGGAGACCCCCUGCCCCAGGACAGCUCAAGGGGAGAGCAGGCGUGUUUCAGCAGCUGGGGGCAGGAAAACUUGACACUGAGGCGACAGCUGAGUGCCCUUCAGAGUUCCCCAUGGGGCCUGAUGCAAGCGCUGGAACAGCAAGUGGGAGAGCUGAGGAUCGACACUGACGAUGGCUGCUAUGAUGGAGCUCAAGGAGACACAGGCGACAGUCGGCCGAGUUCUGGUUUCUAUGAGUCGAGUGGGGGUCAGUCUCCAAAAGGAAGAUCUUGUUCCACUGAGCCCACAGAGACAGUCUCCUCCUGGGCUUACACCAACGACAGGCCAAAGUCCGUGGGAGACCCCCUCAUGCUGAAUGGAGAACUGGAUGUGCCGGUCCUACGCACCACCCUGCCCCGCUCUUUCUCUGCCCCUUACCCACCUCUGGAGGGCAUCGCUGAGGAGGGCACAGCAAUGGACUCCUGGCAGUGGGACCCAAGCGGAGCCAACCACGCAUGGCAGCAGCAGCCUGCAGACGAUCAGGUCACAGAGGAGGACUACCAGCAGGCCUUGAGGGUAGAGGGUUACAUCCUAAGUCUCAUCCAGCGUCAUACCCUCGCGCCGCGGCCAUGUCAGCCUCGCACCACUCUGAGCCCGGACCCCGCAUACUGCAGUGCCUCUGGACACAGCUCCCUACACAGGAGAACUCCUUCUCUGACCACAGAGCAAUGCCUUCCUGACCCCCACCUCCAGCCCCAAGAUGACCUUUCGGCAAACCCUAAGAACCAUGGCUGGGGUUAUGACCUGCUGGAGGGGGAGGCAUGUGGAGGAGAGGCCCCAUCUUUGGAGGAUGACUGUUAUCUGGCUCUUCCCUACCCCCAGCCCAGGCCACACUCCCUGGCUGAGAGGUUACCAUCACCCCUGCCCUCCCUGGACCCCAACUGUGGUGUUCGGGCUCUUGACCUUUGUUGUGAACCCCCAUCCCCCCAGCAUUACUUACAUCCGCAACCCCCUAUUCAUCACAAACACAAUUUAGUAAGUGCUCAGUAUAUCCCUGGACAAGCCUGCCAUGCUCCUGUGCGCUCCCCCAGACACUACAACCCAGAGCAGCCAAAGUCCAAUCGAGCUGUCACCUCUCCUGACCACCUGAACUCCAAGUCCAGAACCUCUAAGAAGAGCCACAACGAGCGACAGAGAGCCAAGAAAUCAAGCAGUAAAACCAGUCGAUCCCAGUCUGAAAACAGCCUCCUGGGCCAGCGAGUACUGCCUGAGCGCAGGUACAGCACCACCGAGAGGCACCAAGGCAGAGGGGAUCUUGCUCAGAACCAAGGCCAAGUCACUGGACCACAGAUGGGCAACGACAGCCACAACGGGAGCCGACGUUGGUGCUCCAACCUGGAGCUCAGCCAGGAUGAAGGGGAGACCCUAGCAGGGCAGGCACAUAGACGACCACCUCGAAAAGCUCGCCAUGGUCAUUCUUGUCCCCAUUCCCAACCCCAGAACUACCACCAGCAGCAGCACACCCAGCGCUGGCACCCAGACUUUCAGGAGAGAGCACCUCUCUGUCAGGGAGAGGAGGGCUACACUGGCGCCGCCCCCGCAGAGUCCGAGUCCAGCAUGAGUGAGGUGUAUUCCCCGGCCUCCAGCUCACUGUCCAGUGACUCAGAUGAGAGUGGGGGGCUGGUGUGGCCCCAGCAGCUGCCACCACGCCUUGCUUCUACCUCCUCCUCAUCCUCGCCUUCACCACAGGCCACUGCCAACGCCCCCUCUCAACCAAAAGCCUUCGUCAAGAUCAAAGCCUCCCAUGCUCUCAAAAAGAAGAUCCUCAGAUUCCGCUCAGGGUCCCUCAAAGUCAUGACUACUGUAUGAGGAAAUGGUCAAAGCUGUUUUGAACAGUGUGUUUACUUGUGUUGAAAAGCCAGUGUCAGAGCAACAUUGUGGCUGCUACUUUUGAUCACUAAUCAUCAUGUUAUCAUGUUGACUAACCAAUCCAGUCUUUAUACUCUACCUACCUCUAAUUACAGUAUGUUCGUAGUGAGAGACAUUUACACUAAUGGGCAUGAUCUGCUAGAGAUCAUCUGUCUGUAGUAUCUGGUUGAAUUUAUCUUGUAGCUGCCAACCAUCAGAUGGUAGACUAAUAGCCAUUAUCCUGCUCUAAUUGAUGAUAAUUGAUGUGAUGCAAAGUUACACUGUGUCGACAUGGACCGCAUUGAAGCUAAGUGACUGAAUAUGCUGCCAGUUUUUCUUGAUGUCUGUUGGCUUUAAAGUUAAUUAAUCAUAGAUUUAUGGUUAAUUAAUUGCUACACUGUAGAGUGUAAGUCUACACGACUAAUAGGUACAUUGUUAAAAGCUUCAAGUAUUGCUGAACACCAAAGCUCUAGAAAUGAGAUAAAAGUGUUUUAUGGCGCUGACUCUUCUAAGAACUUUGGGUAAAUGUGUACUAUUUGAUGGGUCAUUUCCCAGGAGGUUUACUGGAAAGAACUAUGUAAUUUGAUACUAAUCAGAGGGAACAGCUCCAUUUAAAGCCAAGUAAAUAUUCAUUGAAUAUUCAUCAUUAUUAUUGGAAACUUUAUGCUCAAAAUUUCACAUUUUGCAUGGUUACCUGACCUGCUCUGCACUGACUAAAAGCCUUGCAAGGUUACGCUACCAAUUAAUUAACUGGAGUGUACCAUUUGAACACUUUUUUUCCCCCCACAAAUCAGUACCAAAUUACACAGUUCUUUCCAGGAAACUUCUUAGAAAUGAUUAGGAUAUUAUUCGGAAAUUACAGACCCAUAUAAUAAAGCAUUUCUAAAAUUCCAGUUUGUGGUAAGACUUGAAGCCUUAGAGCAAGGAUCUGUAAUGCACUUAGCCAGAAUCGUAUAGAAAAAUUUCUCUUUUGUGUGGGCUUGAACAAAUGUGUAAUAGUAGAAAUCUAUGUUUCCAUUUGGUUCUUCUACAGUCUCUAAAUUUAUGGGCUGAUUGUGAGUCUCUGAGCAGGGAAUAUCCCCUUAUCUUUAUCAUUUAUUAUACUCAGCUCUGCCUCUUUGUAAACUGAAAUGAAAUGUCCAUUACUUCUCUUCUUCUGCCAGCUGCUUUAGGGACCAAUGAGCAUAAACAGAUGUCUGUGAGUCAGGAAUGGGUUUAGUAGAGGCCAUAGUAAGGGUACAUGCAUGCAUGCACAUACAGAAUGUGUAAGUACAUAGAUUCAUUGAAACACAGGGACACAGACUUCUUGUGAAUAUGUAAGUUUUUGUAGAUACCAUCAUGAGGCCUUGUUUGGAAUGAAUGUAGUUUGUAAAUAAAGGCAAUUUUGUUCUUA